AUGGUCACCCUUCAAACCGUCCAGGCUUCCAACGACCGUCUCAAGGAGACAGCUGCUGGCCUCGUCGCCGUUUUCCUUGGCGCGACGUCCGGCAUUGGUCAAAAUGCUCUGAGGCAAUUCGUCGAGCGCACUGUCGAGCCGCGGGUAUACAUCGUCGCCAGAAAUGCGACAGCCAUCUCACCCUUCAUUGAGGAGCUGCGGAGCAAGAACCCAGGCGGAAAAUACGAGGUCAUCGAGAAAGAUGUCUCUCUGGUGAAGAACGUGGAUGAGGUCGCCGCCAUCGUCAAAGCCAAGGAGACCAAGCUAGAUCUUCUCUUCCUAUCCGUUGGCUUCUUCUCAUUUGACGGCCGUCAAGACACAAGCGAAGGAUUGGACGCUUCCUUGACCACCAGAUAUUACUCUCGGCUGCGCAUCACUCAGCUUUUGCUGCCUUUGCUCAAUGCCUCCUCAAGCGCGCACGUCAUGUCUGUCCUCGCUGGCGGGCUCGAAGGCCCGAUCAACGAAGACGACCUCUCGCUCUCCGACCCCAAGAACUUUUCCGUCAGCGCCGGCAACAGCCACUCCGCGACCAUGUUAACGCUGUCAUUCGAGCACCUCGCUCGCGAGAAUCCCACCGUCAGCUUUGUGCACGCGUUCCCUGGGCUGGUAUCUACCCCGCUACUGGGCCGAACUAGCAGCGGAUUAAUAGGCACGGUGCUUCGCUGGGUGGUCAUGCCAUUGUUGAAGCUCUUUGUUGCAACGCCUGCCGAGGCGGGUGCGAGAGCGCUAUUCCACGCUACGAGCGCCCGGUAUAGCGUCGAUGGCGGGCUCGUCCCUCUUCUCGAAGGCGUGGAGAAAGCCACCAAAAGCAAGGGCGGUGUGUUCCUCGUCGAUGCCAAGGGCGAGAGUGCCGACAACGAAAAGGUGCUCGAGGAUUUCAGGCGCAGGGGCGUGGAUAAGCUUGUCUGGGAACAUACGAUGGAAGUGUUUGGCUCAGUACAGUAA